AUGUACCUAUUUAAAUUAAGGUUUAAUUUUGGAGUAUAUGAAAAACUUCUGGCUCUGAUAUUUACAACUAAAGAGAUCCAAAAUGACCCAAAACUGCUGCCAAAUAUUACACUUGGCUACAUGAUUUAUGAUUCUUGUUCAGCUAUUUCUGGAGCCCUUGAGGGUACAAUGAGGUUACUUACUGGACAGAAAAAGACAAUUCCAAAUUAUAAUUGCCAAGCUCUUUCCUCAGUUGUAGCUGUGAUUGGUGAUUCAUUUUCAUCAACCUCAAUGCCCAUGGCUAGACUUCUGGGACUCUACAAAUUUCCUCAGAUAAGUUAUGGGGCAACUAUUAUGGCACUAAGUGACAAAAAUCAGUUUCCGUCUUUUCUCAGAACUAUUCCAGCUGACCUAUUCCAGUCUAUUGGCAUGGUCCACUUGGUUCUAUAUUUUGGUUGGACAUGGAUUGGACUUCUGUCUGAUAGCAGUGACUAUGGUCUACAAGGCAGCCUUAUAGUAAAAGAAGAACUUGUCAAAGCUGGAGCUUGCAUUGCCUUUUCAGAAACAAUACCUGCAGUAUAUUCUGAGAUGAAGAUUCAGUAUAUAAGUGACAUAAUUAGGAAAUCGUCUGCAAAUGUGAUAGUGAUCUAUUCCACAGAUGUUGCUCUUUACCCUGUUAUGGAGGUAAUUGCACUGAACAAUGUGACUGGAAAAGUCUGGAUAGCCAGUGAUGGUUGGGCGCAGUCUUACUGGUUUUCUAAGAAUGAAUUUUUGAGAAUAUUACAAGGAACAUUUGGUUUUCUAGUAAGAAGAGGAGAUAUGUCUGGAUUCAGUGAGUACAUUUACAGUCUUAAUCCAUAUAAUAAUCCAGAUGAUAUAUUCCUGAAAUUUUUUUGGGAAUUUGUUUUUGAUUGUAAGCUUCGCAUCCCAGAUAAAACUAAUAUGAAUAUCACUAAAGACUCGAAUGUCUGUUCAGGAGAUGAAACACUUGAAGGCAUGAAACUGGACUUUUUUGAACUUAAUGAUUUAAGGUACACAUAUAACAUCUACAAUGCAGUCUAUUCAGUUUCCCAUGCAUUACAUGACAUGAUUUCCUGCAGACGUGGAGAAGGGCCAUUCUAUAAUGGCACAUGUGCUUUCAUGUAUGAUUUGCAGCCAUGGCAGCUCUUCCACUAUAUAAAGAACAUUCGCUUUCGGAAUAAAGAGAGUGAAGAAGUGUUCUUUGAUGUAAAUGGUAACCCUCCAGGACUGUACAGCAUUUUAAACUGGCAAAUAACUCCAGAAAACACUUUUAGAUACCUGGAUAUUGGUCGCUUUGACUCCACUGCUGCAGAUAAUCAAAAACUAGCAGUCAUCUUGUCUGAAAUACUAUGGAAUACAGGUCAUGAAAAGGUCCCUCUGUCAUUGUGCAGUGAAAGUUGUUCUGUAGGCUACAGGAAGGCACCUCAGCCAGGCCAGCCAAUCUGCUGUUUCAACUGUAUUAUAUGCUCCCAGGGAGAAAUUUCCAACCAGACAGAUUCUUUUGUUUGCUUGAAAUGCCCUGAAGAUGAGUGGCCCAGUGAAAGACAAGACAAGUGCAUAAAGAAAGUAAUUGAAUUCCUUUCCUAUGAAGAACCACUUGGCUCACUGCUAACAACAUUUUCAAUAUUCCUGGAAUUGGUCACUCUUGCUAUCCUAACAGUCUUUAUAAAGUACCACCACACACCUAUAGUCAAGGCCAACAACAGGGAGCUUAGCUACUUGCUUUUAUUAAGCCUCAUGAUGUGCUUCCUUUGUUCAUUAAUUUUUAUUGGCCACCCCACAAAUAGUACAUGUAUGCUUCGUCAAUGUGUAUUUGGCAUUAUUUUUACAUUGUCGAUCUCUUGUAUUUUAGCCAAAACUAUUGUAGUGGUCAUUGCCUUCAGUGCAAGCAAGCCAAAUAGCAGCCUGCAGAAAUACACUGGCCCGAGGUUGCCAAAAAUUUUGGUUAUGUUCUGUACAAGUAUUCAGAUAAUAAUAUGUGUUUCUUGGUUAAUUCUGUCUCCUCCAUUUCAGUAUGAAAAUAGAACUUCUGCAACAGAGAAGCUCAUUAUAGAGUGUAAUGAAGGCUCAACCUUGGCAUUCUGGUGCAUGUUAUCGUAUAUGGGCCUUUUAGCUAUCAUAAGCCUUGUAGUUGCAUUUGUGUCCAGAAAGCUCCCAGACAGCUUUAAUGAGGCUAAAUUCAUCACAUUCAGUAUGCUGGUAUUUGUUACUGUGUGGAUGUCUUUCAUUCCAGCCUACCUGAGCACACAGGGGAAGUAUAUGGUGUCUGUGGAAAUAUUUGCCAUUGUAUCCUCUGGGGCAGGACUGCUGCUUUGUAUAUUUUCUCCUAAGUGCUACAUUAUUAUGCUUAGACCAGACUUGAACACGAGGGACUACCUAAUGGGCAAGGAAACAAGUUCUUCAAAGCUUGGGAAAAACAAUGAGACACAGGAGACUGGAUUAAAGGUUUAUGAAGGAAGAGUGGGAAGUGAAAAAUCUACUGGAGACUAG